CCUGGGCCCGGAGGGGGUGGUCCCGGCGGGGGGCACGGCGGGGGGCAUGGCGGAGGCCACGGGGGGCACGGCGGAGGGCCAGGAGGGUGGGGCGGGCCACACCACGGGCCGGGAGGACCACCGCUAGGCUUGUGCUGCUGCUGCGGUCCCAUCCACGAUCUGUGCUUCUGCCUGCGACGCACCUUCUGUUGCAUCUUCACGUGUGGGCUGGCGGAGUGUUUCUGCCCCCCCCGCCCCCCGGGGGGGCCGCACGGCCAGCCGCUGAUUUGAUUGGAGAGCUGAGCCAAGAAAUUGGUUCGAGAAUCAUCGUCAGCCGCCAACAGCUCGUCGAUGGCUCUUCCUGCUGCCAACGCGUCCGCAGACGAAGCCGCAGGAGCUGCGGCAAGCAGUACCACUACCACUGGUCUGUGGCGAGGCGACCUCGGUACCUCCACGCGCAAUGGUUGUGUGUGUGGGCUCACACCUCGCCCGUUUGAGUUUUUCGUCCUGUCCCAUCGCGCCUCCGGAUGUGGCAAAAGAAGGGCGAGAAAAGAAAAUGGACCGAAUGCUUCCCACGCCGGCCCCGGUCCCCCUCCCACAAACGUCGCUCGUCUUCGGCCACGGCAACCAGCAGGGAUAGAUAGCCGUUGGUCAUUGCUCAUUCCGUGUUUUGUUUAGUUUUUUGUGCGAGGCGUUGUUGGUUGAGUCAGGCUAGCGGCAUGUCCAAAUUCCACGAGAGGCAGGUAUGAAGUAGCUUGCUGUCUGCUGGGAUGCGAUUUUUUGGAAACGUGUUUAGGCUUUGAAAGAAGAAGACUGAAGAGAAGGUGAAACGUCGUGCUUUUUCAUGAGUUCAUGGCUGAUGGGAGAGGUGCUUCAAGGGGGGCAUGGGGGCUGCGCGGUCGUCGCCCCCCCC